AGAAACGGUCACGUCGGAGUCUGUAGAAGUUUGUUAUAUUUGGAAAAUAUAGAAUUACGCAAUGGCGGCUGAUUCUGUGGACGAUCGGGAGAUGAGAGAGGCACAGAGAGAAUAUCUGGAUUUCUUAGAUGACGAUCAAGACCAGGGGGUCUACCAGAGCAAGGUACGGGACAUGAUCAGCGAGAACAAGAACCGACUCAUCGUGAACGUCAACGACCUGAGACGACGCAACGAGGCGCGGGCUACCAGGUUGAUGACUAAUGCGUUUGAAGAGCUGCUGGCGUUUCAGCGUGCUCUGAAGGACUUUGUGGCGUCUGUCGAUGCUACGUACGCCAAGCAGUACGAGGAGUUCUUUGUUGGUCUGGAGGGAAGCUUUGGGAACAAACACGUCUCCCCCCGAACCCUCACCUCUCGCCUGCUGGGCAGCAUGGUCUGUGUGGAGGGCAUUGUCACCAAGUCGAUGGCCUUUGGUGGGUCAGUAGACAUCCUGGCCACUGAGGAUCCUGACUCAGUUCAGGAGGAGCAGGAGGAACUGCAGGUCUACGAGAAACACAACAAUCUGCUCCAUGGCACCAAGAGACGCAGAGAGAAGAUAGUGAGUAAGGAGUUUAUGAGGAAGUACAUCCACAUCGCCAAGGUGUUGACCCCUACGUUGACCCAGGAAGCAGCCAAUCACAUUGCGGAAGAGUACUCCAGGCUGAGAAGCCAGGAACAGCUGGGCUCCGACAUCUCCAGGACGUCCCCAGUAACUGCUCGUACUCUGGAGACCCUGAUCCGUCUGUCUUCGGCCCACGCUAAAGCCCGUAUGAGUAAGGUUGUGGAGCUGGAGGACUCUGAGGUCGCGGUGGAGCUGGUCCAGUUCGCAUACUUCAAGAAGGUUCUGGAGAAGGAGAAGAAGAGGGGGAGGAAGGAGCAAGAGUCUGGCUCUGAGGAGGAAGAGGAGACGACACAGCGUACCCCUCGCUCAGAGAAGAAGAGGAGUCGCCGUGGUUCCCAGAGCAGCGAGGUCUACGACCCGUAUGACUUCGCUGGAGAGAAGGACAUCCCUGAGAUCCAGGCUGGCACGCCCAAACCGGCAGAGGAGGAGCCUAUGGAUGCCCCUAUCCCACCAAGCCAGGACGGACAGACGGAGGUGUCUGCAGACAGGCUGAAGGAGUUUAAGUCCUCCCUCCUGGAGGUGUUCCGUUCUGCACAUGCUCAGUCCGUUGGUAUGAACUCUCUGAUGGAGAGCGUCAACAAGGACAGAGACGGCCCCUUCACCCUGACAGAGGUCCGGGCCGCCCUCGCUCGCAUGCAGGACGACAACCAGAUCAUGUUGGCUGACGACAUCAUCUUCCUCAUCUAAAGACCAAGGGGAAAACAUCUUCUUCCUCAUCUUAGACCAAAGUAAAGAAGAGGUGAAGGGAGAGGACAGAAGGAGAUGAGUCUGAAUGGAGAGUUGUUUCCCAUUUGAGACCAAGAAGGAUGAGAAGGAAUUCAGAAAUAAUUGAAGUGGAUUUUGACUAGUUCUUUUGGGUCCACUCGCUUCUUCCAAUUUGCCUUUUUUUGGGGGGCAAUAACCACUUAUGGACUAAAAAGUAGUUGAAAGGAUUAUGGUUUUAUUUUGUUGUAAUGUUUGUAGGUUAAUUCUUGGAUCAGUUUCACAAAGUUUAGUUUCUUUGCUUUACUCAUGUUUUAGCUACAUAUUAUGGGAUGUUCAAGGUCUGGUUACAAUCACGAGUCUCCCUAGAGCAUCUGCAUCGUUUUAUGCUUUCGGUCUAUAGUUUUAAUAUUUCUGUUAAAGAAAAAUACCUUUCUUGUAUAUAUUGUUUUGUUUAAAGAAAAGGUUUUCAUUGUAAAGGGUUGUCAACUGUAAUAGUGCAUCGAGAUGGAAAAUAAAAUGAC